CGGAUCAUUUGGUGGAUUUAUUGUCCAUCAAAUUGGUGCUCUCAUUGAGAGUUCGAGAAUCAUACUCAGAGGAAAUCCUCCAUUAAGACGAUGGUUCAAACGCGCAGUAACGCCAAUGUAGGUACCGGAGCUCCCCAACAGGGGGAGAAUAGCACCACUGGAGGUCGGAACCUUCCCAUCACCACCGGGGAGGCUGAGGCCCUCAUUCAGAGGGUUGGCAUCACGGCCGAACAAUUCAAAGAGGUGCUGGCUGCACUUGCGCCCAACCGCGAGGUUGUGGUGGAAGAUGUGGCUGGGGGACCCACAGGCGGAAAGGCUGGACCUACAGGCUCCCAAGGAAAAAAGAAAAAAGUAAGGCGGUCCCAGAAGAAGAAGGCGACCAAGCCUAACGGGAAGGCUGUGAUGGCUGAUGCGCUUUCCAGGCUGGAAGAAGAGGACGACUCGCCCUCCUUCGAGCGAAUGUCUGCAAAGUCCAUGAAACUAAAGAACUACCAA